AUGGAAAAGGAGUAUAAAAUUUAUAUCACAGAUAAUUAUUACCAACAAAUUAUAGGGGGCAAGAUAUGUUUAAUGUAUGCUACGGUGAUGGAGUCUUCCAUCNNNUUGGCCAUGGCCUUUGAUCGUUUUGUGGCCAUUUCUAAACCUCUUAGGUAUGCCACCAUUUUAACUGACCUGAAAAUAGCCCAGAUUGGAGUAGCAAUUGUCAGCAGGGGCACACUAAUCCAGGCUCCUUUGGUGGUACUUCUGAAAAGAUUGUCCUUCUGUGGUAGCCAUGUGCUCCAUCACUCAUACUGCUUUCACCCUGACCUGAUAAUGCUUUCUUGCACAGAUACCAGGAUCAACAGUGCAGUUGGUUUGUUUGCCCUGAUACGCACUGCUGGGGUGGACUUCAUUUUCUUCACCCUUUCAUAUGUUUUGAUCAUUAAGACUGUUCUCAGCAUUGCGUCCCCAGAAGAAAGGAAGAAGGCUUUCAGCACAUGUAUCUCCCAUAUUGGGGCUGUGGCUGUAUUCUAUAUCCCAUUGCUUAGUCUGUCCUUUGUCCACAGAUUUGGGAAGCGAGCUCCACCCUAUGUACAUACUCUAAUUGCCAAUGCCUACUUGCUAAUCCCCCCUGUGAUGAACCCCAUUAUUUACAGUGUGAAGACCAAACAGAUACGCAGGGCUGUGAUAAAAGUUCUCCUUUCCAGAGUGCCAAUUAACUAG